CAGUAUUCUGUGCCAUUCCAUCUCCAUGUGCCAUCAUGACUCCCGAGUACAAAAAUUUCCAUCCAAAUCGAUGCAACAUAUGCUUCCGGGAUAGCCCUAACAAACUGAGCAAAGAGAAGUUAAAGUUUUGCUCCAAAUGUAAGCUUAUAAAAUACUGUGGCAAGGAGCACCAGAAAAUCGAUGCACCGAUUCACAAAGAUUUUUGUUCGGCCGUACACUCGGUGCUAAUGAAAAGUGGCACCGAUCAUGUACUGUGCUGUGCAGAUCGUUACCUGAGCAAGCCAUUCGCUUCCGCCAACUCGAAAACGAACAAUAUGAGCGAUCUGAUGGUACGGAUCAACUGCACCAGUGUGCUGUUGGCGAAGGUUUUGGGUCGUUCGCUGUACUAUCACGAACAGCAGCUGAUUAGCUUUCCGCUACUAUGCAACGUUUGCAUGGAGUAUCGAGCGGAAAAGCUAACGCUGUGCCAAGACUGUCAACAGACUGGUUACUGUGGCGAAGAACAUCGGCUCGCCGAUCGGGAGAAACAUUCCAAGCUAUGUGAUCGAUUGCGUAUCAACUUUCUGUACGAUGGCCGUCCUGUUACAAUGCCGGAAAACGUGUAUCCUAACAUGCAUUUUAACGAUCAUGAAAUGUUGCAGAAACCGUUCCCGAAAGAUACAUUCGCGCUGGCAAGUGCAAUGCUGCUGAAAGACUUCCAAAAUUGGGACACAGAACCCGGCCACGAGCUGGGGCAACAGAUGGAGGAGCUCAAGAUAGCCGGGAUGUUUUCCCACGUCGGUACAAUCCUGUACGUUUUGCAAAAGGUUCGUCUGUUGGAGGAUGUAGGAGCUAAGUUGAAUAUUUUCAUACUUGGGGCCGAGAAAGAGCUUCUGCUCUUUAACACCGUCACACAAGCGGCAUUUUUUGCCUUUAUGCCAAAUUUGAAACAUCUUCGAUUGUGCUUUAUCGGCCCAAUGGUGGAAAAAGGGCAUAAGGGCGUUGCGCAUUUUGCAGGCAAUCGUAGGGUGGAGAUCGAAUCGUACCACUACCUUUACCACAGGCUACCAGAAGCCGUUAAUCUGCCCAAACCGCAUCUUGUCAUAGCUUUCAAUUGUGGAUUUACUGAGUUUAUCGGUACACCGAACCAUACGUGGAAUAAAACGAUACUAAAAGUACUAGCCAUUCCAAACGUUCCCUUCGCAUUUACAUCUUACACGCUCCAGGAAGCUAGCGAAGAUGCUUGCAUUGUGGAGCUGUUAUCGACAGAUAAUGCGCAAGAUGGAACAAUCGCGUACGUGGUUCGCAACGCGGUCAAUCCAUUCCGUCAUCCGGUACCGCUGCGCAAUCCCAAUCUGGAUGAUGAGUUUGAUGUAUUGUAUCACGAAAAUGGGUACCUUUCCGUGUGUUUUAUGCAGGACAAAUAA